AUGACACCUGUCGAGUCCGAGGGUACCGAGAGUCCGAUCGAAACGCGCACCGGCGCCCGGCUCGCGAGGUUUCCGAAGACUGCUCACUUGUUGCUCUCCGCUGGCAUGGAUGGCAAGAUCAUGAUUUGGGACUACCACAACCAGAGGAACUUCCACACUCUGUGUCGGUGUGGAGAGUCCGUCGAGCGCCGCGCCCGCCAGAUCGUGAAGAGCCCGGACGAGAAGUACUUGAUCGGGCAGUCCAUGGACAACAAAAUCAUCGCCUACGAGGCCUUUGGGCGAUUCAAGUUCAUCGCGCGAAAGACCUUCAAGGGCCACAUCAAUGCUGGCUACGCCAUCACGCCCGGAUGGUCCGCUGAUGGCCGCUGGGUGAUGUCCGGCGACGCGGAUGGCAAGCUGUGGUUUUGGGACUGGGCCAAGUGCAAGAACUACCGCGUGCUGAAAGCGCACGACGGCGUUUGCACCGGAAGCCUGUGGACCGGAGACCCAGCUGAUAGGAAGACUAACAUGGAAAUUCGGUCACCGUUUAUAACUUAA